AUGUCGUCGAGUAGUAUUUCUGAAAUGCUGCUCACCGACUGCAAGAAGGAGGUCUACUGCCGUCUGUUCCAGAAACAGGCGAUUCUGGACCGAGAGAAGGCUUGGGACCCUCUCAUGAUGGUUCGUUAUACCCGUGUCAGUUCAAUUUUCAGUUUAAUAUUCAGAAAUUGGAAGAAAUCGCGAAGGAAAAGAACAAAGGAAAGCGCGCCGUCGCGGGAACUGAUCACCGUCAGAUUUAUCGGAACCCUUACAUGGUCCUCUUCCCGUGUAAGUUAAGGGUUUAGCAGUUUUUGAACCCAUCGAUUUAGAAACCACAAACUUUUUCAAAUUUAGAACUAUACGUUUCGUGACAGUAGAGAUUAGUCAUCGUUUCACAAUUUCUAAACAUCGAUUAACCGAUUUCCAAUUGGACAUUUUUUACAGAUGACAGCAACCGUGUGAAGCUGGAGAAGUGGCCGUCAAACGAGUACGGUUACAUAAACGCGUCGCACGUCGUUUUCCCGGAGGUCAACCGCAAGUACAUCAUGACUGGCUCGCCCGUCCAAACCGAACUCGGCGAUUUCUGGGAGAUGGCGGCUUCGCAGAAGUCGCCCGCCAUCGUGAUGCUCGCUCAUGGAAACGAUCACCCGAUGACCUGCACCAACGACUACUUCCCGAAAGAGACUGGGGACGAGAUCAGGUACGGAGAUUACUUCGUGGAGAACGUCGGACUAAUUGAGACCGAGUUGUACGUCCGCCGCACUCUUCUCGUCAAGAAAGGAGAUGGUGAGUCGCAAAUGAAAUUAUGCAUUUCUAAUAGACCAACGAUUUCAGUUGCCCAUACUGUCUCCCAUUUCCAAUUCCUGGCCUGGAAUGAGCCAACGUCGCCAUCCGGUUUCGACGAUUUCCUGAAGUUCCUAACGCUGACCAAAGGUGAUUCAAUUGAUAUUUCAUUCCGCCCAACACCAUUUUUUUCCAGAAAGUACCGUGUUCGCGCCGUACACCGCUCCGACCUGGUUCGCGAAGAUCAUGAACAAGGAAGCCCCUUCCGGAGCACCGAUCAUCCAGUGUGCUGCUGGAGUCAACCGUUCCGGAGCGUUCAUCAUCAUCGACGUGAUUAUUCGCAUGCUCCAGAUGGGAGUGAACGACUACUACUCGAUUGAGCACCUCAUCAUGAAGCUCCAAUCGCAGCGUCUGUACGGUGUGUGCUCGGUGGAAAUGCUCAAGUUCAUCUACGAGUGUGUCCGUCACUGGAUUGUCCAAUAUCACCCGGACAUGAAGGAGGUUGACUUCCUUCUCCAGGAGCACGCGGGAACGUUCGGACCGAUCCAAGAUCUGAAGAAGUACCUCGAUCCGAAGCACUGGCUGCCGAAGCAGGAGGAACGCGAGGAAUUCCUCCGCAAGAACGAGCACAGAGUUAAGCGCAAGUCCGUUCACCUGUUGAAGCAUGACAAGGUGCCGCCGAGAAAAGAGGAUACGUACGCCAACAUGCUGUUCACCAAGAACAACACUGCUCGUCGUCUCCGCUACAAUUAA